AGGUGAGGGAGCAGCCCAGCCAUGGAUCCUGCCAAUGAGUCUUCAGAAGGAACCCCAUUCAUCCUCCUGGGAUUAACAGCAGAUCCUAGACAGCGGCAGCCUCUUUUAGUGCUAUUCUUGGUCCUAUAUACAGCGGGCAUCCUGGGUAAUGGGCUCAUUGUGGCCGCCAUCCAAGUCAGUCCAGCUCUUCAUGCACCCAUGUACUUCCUGCUGGCUCACCUGUCCUUUGCUGACCUCUGCUUUACCUCUGUCACUGUACCCAAGAUGCUGGCCAACUUGAUAGCCCAUGACCGCUCCAUCUCCCUGGCUGGCUGCCUGACCCAGAUGUACUUCUUCUUUGCUGUGGGUGUAACAGACAGCUGUCUCCUGGCUGCCAUGGCCUAUGACCGCUACAUGGCCAUCCGGCACCCCCUCCACUAUGCCACGAAGAUGUCCCGAGCCGUGUGCACAGCCCUGGUGGGGACCGCAUGGCUGGUGUCCCACGCCCACUCCCUCCUGCAUAUCCUGCUCAUGGCUCGCCUGUCCUUUUGCGCCUCCCACAGAGUGCCCCACUUCUUCUGUGACCACCAGCCUCUCUUGAGGCUGUCAUGCUCCGACACCCGCCACAUCCAGCUGCUCAUCUUCACCGAGGGCGCCGCAGUGGUGGUCACUCCCUUCCUGCUCAUCCUCGCCUCCUAUGGGGCCAUUGCGGCUGCGGUGCUCCGGCUGCCCUCAGCCUCUGGGAGGCUCCGGGCUGUGUCCACCUGCGGCUCCCACCUGGCCGUGGUGGGCCUCUUCUAUGGGACGGUCAUCGCGGUCUACUUCCAGCCCACGGCCCGGUAUGAGGCGGAGCGCGGCAGAGUGGCCACCGUCAUGUACACCGUCAUCACCCCCAUGCUCAACCCUGUCAUCUACAGCCUCCGGAAUCGGGACGUGCAGGGGGCGCUCCGAGCGCUUUUCACUGGGCGGCGGAGGAUCUCAGCCGGCGACACCUGAGGCCUGGGCCCCCACCAAGGACAGACUGCAUC